UUUGCAUGCGCUGGCCCCGCCCCCGGCGCGAUGGCGGAGCGGGAGGAGCGGCGGUUCGUGGAGCUGCCGCGGGACUCGGUCCGGUUGAUGGCCGAGAGCGCGGGGCUCGAGCUCAGCGACGACGUGGCCGCGCUGCUGGCCGAGGACGUUUGUUACCGGCUCCGGGAGGCCACCCAGAACAGCUCGCAGUUCCUCAAACACACCCGGCGCCGCCGCCUCACCGUGGAGGAUUUUAACCGGGCCCUGCGCUGGAGCAACGUCGAGGCCGUGUGCGGGUUCGGCUCGCAGGACUCGCUGCCGUUCCGGGCCAUCAAGGAGGGCGAGCUGUUCUUCCAGGAGGACCGGGAGGUGAACCUGGUGGAGCUGGCCUUGGCCACCAACAUCCCCAAGGGCUGCGCCGAGACGGCCGUCAGAGUGCACGUGUCCUACCUGGAUGGCAAAGGGAACCUGGAGCCGCAGGGAGCGGGUGAGGAGCAGCCUCGGCUUUUGCGGGGCAGGGGGGGGAUUUUGGGGGGAUGUUUUGGGGUUUGGGGGAUGUUUUUGGGGUGGGUUCUGAAGGAGACGUGUUUUGGGACGGUGCAUUUCGGGGUAUGGUUUGGGGAGGCGUAUUUUAGGAUGGAUUUUUGGGGAGGUCUAUUUUGA